AUGUGCUAUCUUGCUUUCAAGAUGCGGAAACACGCCUGCUUUGUUCUGGGUUCUUUAUCUCUGGCGGCGGGUGGUUUCGGCGAACCAAUAUUUGACUUUCAGCCAGGGGAAUUGGCGGCUUACCUGGCUCAGAAGGCAGGCUUGAAGCUAUCAACGCUAGUAACAAUGAAAAAAUUGAACGUGGAACCACGUGAAGUCUACAUCCUACCUCGACCGCCGAAAAUUGAGGACUGCCUCAGUGCCAUGCAGGGGCGGCCUUUGACACGCAUGCCGAAACCGUACGAUUCGGGCACUGAAAGCUCCUCAAUCGAAGGUUAUAGACAAGCGCAACUACGGGUGGCUCAGGCAAAGGCUGAAUUAGGUAUUGGAGAAUUGUCACAUGCGCAUGCUGUGCAUCCAGCAAGCGAACUCAAGGGAGUUGAGAUACGGUCGUUUGAAGAGGUUCCCGCACAAUACCAGUCCUUCAUUUACGUUCUUCCACAGUUUGUGGUGCACAUAGCCCUGAUACCAGGAGCGAUAUUUGGGUUGAAAUAUGCGAAGACAGCACAGUACAUUCGGCAGUAUCUUCCUGCUUUUAGCGGUUACUUCUACUUGUCUGUCGGUUUCAUUCUCUUCAUCAAUGUUUUCCCUGUAUCGUCUCUGCUGGGUGUCCUUCUGGCUUUCUCUAUGGGCCUUGCAGGCUCACUUUUCGCUCUGAGAUCGAUCCAGUCCCUGAAAUGGCUGGAACGCCUUGGAAGAGCGACCACGUUGUUACGAGGGAUGGAAAAGGAACCAUUCGGCUGGCUAGUCGCCUGCCGAGCAUUCUGCGUCCUAUGUGCGAAUCUGCUCUACUGCUUCGUAUCCGGGUUCAUCCCGGGACACCUUGGCAUUGCGGGAAUGCUAACCGGAAACCUUGUUAUCGCAGGGCUCCUCUACCUUCUUUGGCUUAGCGCAGUUUCUAUGGGGAUUUUCUUUCUAAUAACGUCUGAAGAAGCCGAUGCAAGGAAAACUCAGAAUCUCGUAGUUGCGUUCUGCUGUUCAUAUUGCGCAGUAGCGGGAUUGUCCUUCUUCACUAACGUUGCUGCAAUCUACGGAAACACGGGGAGUUUUGUCGCUCUCGAUCCUGGUAAAAAUAAUCAAACUCCCGUCCACCGGACGACCGACUGCAUGAUGUCCACGCGUCUAGUCCCUUUCUUCUCUGUUUCGAAUCUAUUCUCUUUCAACGUUCCAACGCUAGUUCUUCUCUCUCUUUUGUUCAUUAUGUGGGCAGCUGGCUUCAAAAUGAUCAGCGAAAUGGAUAAGGUACAAGCCGGGGACAGUCUCUCCGCUUUCUCACUUUCAUCGUUCUCCGGAACCUCCCAGCACUAACAUCUGAGAAGAGAGCAUUCAAGUAACAAUGUGGCAGACAACUCCAAAGUGCUUGCAUACAUCAGAAAAUUAUGCUGUUUCGCGGAACAUUCAUGUCUGCCGGCGCUGAAACACUUCACAUAGUCGAUACCUAGCUGCGCGGCUUCCGACAAAUACUCAGGCGUUGUAACUGCUAAAGCACUUCACUUGCCUGACUCGUGGCAGGGACAG